AUGAGUGGCUACGACAGGGCGUUAUCUAUCUUUUCACCAGACGGACACAUUUUCCAAGUGGAAUACGCGCUUGAAGCCGUCAAGCGCGGUACUUGUGCAGUAGGAAUUAAGGGACAAGAUUGUGUUGUGGUCGGUUGCGAAAGACGGUCGACACUGAAAUUGCAAGACCCGCGCAUUACACCGUCCAAGAUCUCAAAAGUGGACUCCCACGUCGUACUUUCGUUUGCCGGAUUAAACGCAGACAGUCGUAUUUUGAUUGAAAAGGCGCGUGUCGAGGCCCAAUCGCAUCGGCUUACCCUUGAAGAUCCAGUCACGGUUGAAUACUUGACGCGGUACGUGGCUGGCGUACAACAACGGUACACGCAGUCCGGUGGUGUGCGUCCCUUUGGCGUUUCGACGCUGAUUGCUGGGUUCGAUCCUUCCGACACGACUCCGCGUUUGUAUCAAACGGAGCCCAGUGGGAUUUAUUCUGCCUGGAGCGCACAAGCCAUUGGACGUAACAGUAAGACCGUACGCGAAUUUCUCGAGAAAAACUACCAAAAAGACGCGCCACCUGCCGAAGAACAAGAUUGCGUGCGACUCACGGUCAAAGCCUUACUUGAAGUCGUGCAAACCGGCGCAAAAAACAUCGAAAUCACAGUAGUGCGGCCGAAUGCACGUAUCGUAGCACUCUCAAGCGACGAAAUCGACGAGCACGUGAGUGCGAUUGAAGCCGAAAAGCAACUGGAACAGGAGAAAAAGGCCAAGCGUGACGAUGCCAAUUGA